AUGGCUUGGUUAUCUGUGGUUUUUGGUCUCUCGGUGGUGACAUCUGUAUACAGUGGAUCGAAUGGCUAUUUCUAUCCGAAACCUGGUGUAGCUUUUGAAUACUCAAACCCAAUUCAGUCUGGACAGAUUUUUCAAAAAACAGUAUCAUUUUCUGUCUCCGAUGAAUACAAUUCAGAUUCACAAAAUGUUGGUGGCGAAAACGCGUUAAAUCUUCAAGUAUCCGAUGGAAAUUUUAAAGUGCAAAGUUAUCAAUACAAUCCACAAAGUGAAGAGAAUGUAUCUUACAAAAAUGUAUAUAACACAUUUAAUUUCGAUAACAAUGAUCUGCUAGACAACCGGCAGGUGGAUUCGCAACCUGUACAAAACCCAGUGAGCACGCUUAACGCGAACCAAGACGCAGUAAGACAAGAACAAUCUCGUUUGAUUGAUGAACGGAAUUUAAGCUCGUUACGUACACCAGUGGUAACAAAACAUAUAUACUUCCACGUCCCACCCACAGAUACUGAAGAAUACGUACGUGUAACACCACCGCAGCCAAGGAAGGCAUAUAAGAUUUUAUUCAUAACGUUACCGACACAAAAACAAAACACGAUCGCGAACCGGAAAGAGGAAAAGACCCUCAUAUACGUGCUAGUUCAGAAACCUGAAGAUGGACACUUUCUUCAACAGCCUCCGAAAUUGUCAGAGCACGAAGUGGUCUUCGUGAAGUAUAGAGGUAGGCCGUCCUUGGGCAGGGAGCAACUCGGGCAAGUCGUUGAAAUUCCAAGGCGAAAUGCUCAACCCAAUUCGCAAGGGCAGGGCUAUUAA